GAUGAUUUGGUCAGAAAUGACCAAAUAUUAUUGGUAUGGUGAUACAGAAAUGCAAAUUCAGUAUGUCGAAUUAAAUGAUUUAACAGAGAAACAAAUUGCGCAAAAUAUUUCGGUUAUCUUUUUACUAAAAAAUAUUUCAUUUAAUCAGCCGGAUCCCUUUUAAAAUUCAUCACCUUUCUAGGCCGAUAAAUUAACUUUAUUUUUGACAAAUUCAAAAAUUCACUCCGACAUCCACGAUCCCCAACUACUUAAAAUUUAGGCUUAUUGUUAGCACUUAAAUUUAAUAUCUGUUAUUAUGGAGAGCGACAAUAAACUGGCUCAGGAUUUGGAAUAAUCCAGAUCCCCUCAAUCCCUCAAAAUCCCCUACAUAUAUACCCGAUAUCCUUCCAAAUCAUUAUUCAUCCAACUACACUCUGUCC